CGUCAGAGCGCGCUCCCGCUGCUGCACGGCACUUCUUAUUUAGAUAGUUUAGUUAGCAGUUAAACCCCCCUCCGCAGGGGAUAAAUCCAUGUUAUUAGACACGCAAAGACGACGCAGAGUGAAGCAUCUUUUGGACAAACAUGGACGCGACUCUGGAGUACAGUUAUCACGACUUGUUGGGAGUUUAAAAAGCGGGUUCCGGUGUUGAUAUGUUUCUCUGUGUCAGGAAGUUUGACAUCCAACUUGGCCAUAAAUCGAGUUUUCUUUUUUAAAAAACGGAUAUUUCUCUUGUUAACGUUAACUGUCAGUUUUUUUGCUUUAACUUUGUAGUUUCAACUCGUUAAAUGACACUGUAUUUUGUUUUAUAGGCCUUUUAUGCAUUGUUAUGGUUGUUUUUAUGACCAUAUUCAAGUUGCAAUGCGACGCCAGUUAUAUGCAGAAGUGAAUGUUGUUCUCCAACCUGGCAACCCAGAGGAGGACAAAUCUGCACACUUAGCAGGAAGAGAGGCUUUCAUCAGAAUCACGGAAAUCAGUCGCUCCUUUCCUCCAAUGGAUUUCAUACAGACCACACGGUUAUUGUUACACCUUUGUUAGUGUUUUUGUGGGAUUUCAGCUCCCUGUCAUUGCAAAGCCUGAACGUGACAAAAUGUUUUGGAAGUUUAAGUUUUCCAAACAUCUGGAGAGGAGCAGGAGUUUGUGUGUUUGGGCCACAGCUGGAGCAGCAGCCUGAUGUAGGCUCUUUGUUUUGUUUUUUUCCCCCCACCACUGGAACAUUUUCUCUGUAAAAACUCACUGUUUGUUUUCACACAACCUGGAAAUGAUCUUGUUUUUUGUGUGAGCGCUUUAAUUUCCCGUUGAAGAAGAAGACCUGGUUACCUGGGGGGGUAACCCCACUCUCACUCUCUCACACACACACACACACACACUGCCAGGUGUGUCCGUCUGACUGACUGAAGGACACCCGAUGGAGACGUGAGAGCUGGACCUACUGCGUCAUCCCUGCCGCGAGACACAGGUGACCGGAGUCGGCUGAAGGUGAAGACAGGCUGUUGUUGUGUUGGCACACCACAGACACGUUUCUGAAGACCGGCUUGUAUCCCACGCACACAAACAUCGCCACAAUGAAUGAGAGGCAGGCUCUCCACUCUAUAAUGAAGGACCUGGUUGCCCUCCAGAUGACGCGGCGUCAGCCUGUGUCGUCGUAUGACAGCGGCAAACCCAAGACGCCGGCCCAGGCCAACAGACAGGACGAUGUCAGGAUAAAGUUUGAGUUCUCAGGAGAGCGAAGAAUCCUGAUGUUUGGACGGCCUGUGCAGUUCGAGGAAAUCCAGCAGAAAGUCAAGGCUGUCUUUGGCCAGCAGCUAGACCUGCAUUAUAUGAACAAUGAGUUGUCCAUCCCUCUGCGCGAUCAGGACGACCUGGACAAGGCGGUCGACCUGCUGGACCGAAGCUCCAACAUGAAGAGCAUCAGGAUCCUGCUGCUCACUCAGGAGCACAGCAAUGCCUCCUCCCCCUCCCACCACGUGCCGUGUAAGCAGGUGAGGAUCAAGUCCUCUCAGUCCACUGGAGACGUUAGCACGGCGUACCAAUCCUCCGAGCCCAGGGGGCGCCACCUUUCAACUGGUUCUCAGAACACGGGGCGUAGCUCGCCGCCUCCUGGCUACGUGCCUGAAUGCCAGCAGAGGAUCGCCCGCCAAGGUUCAUACACCAGCAUAAACAGUGAGGGGGAGUUCAUCCCUGAGACCAGCGAUCAGUGUGUGAUGGAUCCUUGGAGCAGUGCAGAAAACUCAGUCUCUGGAAGCUGUCAGUCUCUGGACAGCAACUCAGACAGCCCCUCAUUGAGGAAGUCUCGCAUGCACAGAGCCAAGAGUUACCCUGAUAAUCGUCAGGAGUGCUCAGACCGGGAGAAUCAUGUGUAUGACAGGGUAGCAGGGAAAGGAGGCACCUAUCCUCGUAGGUACCAUGUCUCCGUGCAUCAUAAGGAUCACAGUGAAGGCCGUCGGACGUUUCCGCGGAUCCGUCGCCCUCAGGGGAACCUGUUCACUCUGGUGCCCUCACGCCGGUCGCUCAACGGCAGCGAGGAGAGCGUGGGCAGCUGGCAGCUGGUCGACGCUCAGGGCAGACUCCGACCCCAAGAUCGAUCAGUUGCGCAUAAGUCGCCCAGUGCCCCGGUGACGUGGCGGCGGGGGAAGCUUCUGGGCCAGGGAGCGUUUGGUCGGGUUUACCUGUGUUACGAUGUGGAUACUGGGAGGGAGCUGGCUGCCAAGCAGGUCCAGUUUGAUCCUGAGAGUCCUGAGACCAGCAAGGAGGUCAGCGCUUUAGAGUGCGAAAUCCAGCUGCUGAAAAAUCUGCAUCACGAGCGCAUUGUUCAGUACUACGGCUGUCUGAGGGACCACAAUGAGAAGACCCUCACUAUUUUCAUGGAGUACAUGCCGGGGGGUUCAGUCAAAGACCAGCUUAAGGCCUACGGGGCGCUGACAGAAAACGUGACCCGGAAGUACACCAGACAGAUCCUGGAGGGCAUGUCCUAUCUGCACAGCAACAUGAUCGUACACCGGGACAUCAAAGGUGCCAACAUCCUGCGGGAUUCAGCGGGCAACGUGAAGCUCGGAGAUUUUGGCGCCAGCAAGAGGCUGCAGACCAUCUGCAUGUCUGGCACCGGCAUCCGCUCUGUGACCGGCACCCCCUACUGGAUGAGCCCGGAGGUGAUCAGCGGAGAAGGCUACGGCAGGAAGGCUGACGUCUGGAGCCUCGGUUGUACGGUGGUGGAGAUGCUGACGGAAAAGCCUCCGUGGGCUGAAUAUGAGGCCAUGGCGGCAAUAUUCAAGAUCGCCACCCAGCCCACCAACCCACUGCUGCCCUCGCACGCCUCCGACCAGGCGCGGGACUUCAUAAGGUGCAUUUUUGUGGAGGCAAAACACAGGCCCAGUGCCGAGGAGCUGCUCAGACAUCCCUUCUCCCAGAUUCUGUGCUGAAACCCGCCUGGUUUCUGAACUUCUGAACUAACCACAGAGUCGCCUCAGCAGGAUCUGUAGCUUCCUUGACAUCCGGACGUGGAGCUGGUCUAGAAGUCCGUGUUUUACCCACCGAGCCUCUGCCACCAUUCAGAUGCUCCUCCACAAAACCAAAUAACAAGAAAACAGCACUCACCAAUGCCUUGAAAACCAAUGCCAGUACAUGCUCUUACAAGAGUGACCACCAGGGGGAAACAAAACAUUAAGUAUCUGAUGGGGCUGCUGAUCCCUCUCAGAUACAAACGCACACACUCCAAAUGAGGCAUCAGUCAAGUCAUGCACCAGUUGUGUCUUCAUUAAGUGUCCUCUCCUGUGUUUACAUUCACAUGUUGGGCAGUCAUGAGAAAUGGCAGGAAGCCCUGCAGUGUUUGAAACAUUUAGCUGAGCUACAGCACAGCACCGGUGCACAACAGUGUUAAUUGGACAGGAUUGUUCUCUAUUUUUCUCGUUUCAAACAAAGAGCUACAGCCUUAAACUAGAACUCUGUUCCGCUAUUUGUGAUGCACUUUGCAUGUUUGUGUAGAUUGGAUGAAACACAGAUGAAGUGAUGUCACAUGGGGAUAUGUGUAGAGUAGCUACACUGGGGUUUAAUAGAAGAAUAAGCGAUAUUUAACACAACUGAGGCAUGUUUUAGUUUCAUAACUUCAGAAUUAAGACAUCAUUUAACAUGGUUUAGGUAGAAAUUAAUAAUAGGACCCAAAUAAGCAAAUUUCUCCGCUGGCCCUAGUUUGUGCCUCUUAUGUGUUACAUUCAAGUCACAUUAGCAAACAUCUGUUUCACUGGAAAAUAAUUACAACGGUGAUCUUUGAACAGAACCAGAAGGUUGUUUAACAGCACUUACUGCUGCUCUGAGGGUAUUUCCAAAAUCCCUAAAGCAUUAUUAUGUUCCUGCAAUAGAGGAGGCUGCAGUUUCAGGACCGCAUUUCUAGUUUUAUUCCACCCAAAUCCUAUUUUCUGUCUGCUGCAUCGUGAUCUCACAGAAUAAGUGGUGGUGGCACAUAAUGUGUCGCCACCACAGAAACAAUUUAGAUUUAGGCAACAAUAUUUCUUUGACUCUUCUGAUCAUCUGGAUGUAAAUAUAUUCGGUCUGCUGCUCAACAAAAUAUAUAUUUAACAUGUUUCUCAAGUUCUCAAGUCUCAACUGUAGAAAAAUAUAACUGAUGACAUUUUUUUAUUAUUUGGUUUACGAUGUAUAAAUUAAACAAACAACAAAUUUGUUUGCAUUUGGUAACAGAUUUAAGAAAAUUGUCUAUUGAUAUUUUCAUGCAACAUAAUAAUUGAAUAUUUUUCUUUUGUUGUACAAAAAGAGCAACCACAUAUGUGUCAUUCCCAGCUACUUGGAUAGAAAAUACAGUCACAAUUUGAGAAAAAGGUUAAAAAAUCUUUAUUUUUUAAAGCAGCAAACCAAAUUUUAUUUUCAUCCAGAUAGUUGGAAGAGUUUUUGAGGACUCUGGAAAUACCUUUAGAGCAGCGGUUAAGUUCUGUUAAAUGAUCGUCUUGCCAGGUGUUUAUUUUUCAGAGAAACUAAUGCUUAGCUCUGUUACUUGAAUGUGAUUGUUAUACGAGAGAGGCGCAAACCAAACUGGGGCUAUGCAGCUAUAAUACCUGAUUUAAAUCAGAGUUAUGACAGAAAAUAUAUACUCCCUCCACUAUCAAUAUUAUCCUUCUACCUGUAAAACUAAUGAAUGCAUGCGGUAAAAUUAAGGGAAUCAGUGCAUUUCAGUAAAGUCUAGGAAUCAAUUUCAUGCCUUGUUCGACCUUUCGCCUCAGUGGGACUUAUCCUUAGCCAUCCUCUUCUUGUAGCUCUUCAGGUGUUCUCAGCCGACUAAGUGCCAAAGAGGGGCAGAUAAAAUAUUAUGCUGCGGACUUGUUAUCAGUUAUAUGUGAAAGUAAAGCAGAUGCUGCUUUUUACGGUUUGAAAAUACAAACAUAAGGCUUUAAUUUGGAAGUGAUUUCCGUUGCCUGAGAUCUUACUGUUCAUGUGUGUCUGGCCCAAACAUCCCUGACUAAGUUUAAGGAUCAAUUUUAAAUCAGAUGCACUUUUAUGUCAAAUGAAUGUUGUGGAGUUUUUGUUCUCUUUACCAAAUUAGAUUUUUUUUUUUUUUACUUCAAAUGUGAAAGUUUGUAUUUAUAUCCCCAUGUCCAUCCCAAUUAGAUUUUUUUAUAAGCAAAUAUAUAUGUAUAAAUAUAUUUUUUAUAUUUAGACUGUGUCAAAUCGAAUGAUACUUUCAGGACUUAAAAGUAAAUCAUUGAAAGCAGCUGGUUUUGCAGACAUUACAGAAUUGGGGUUUAUAAAUGAAAAAUGGAUGGAAAAGUGAACUCUGGUUCUCGUUCCAGCUCCUGUCCACACAUCCUCAGCUAUACAUUUAGAUGACAGCGUUACCUGACAGGUCACGGAAACUUUGCAUCAUUUUUGCUUUGACACAUUGAUGGGGUCUCAUGAAUGAAACCUUUUAAAAGAGUAUUUUUUUUAUGUGAUCUCAGUGUUGCUGAAAUGUAAUUAAAGGGUGUGUGUGAGCCAAAGACGAGCCGGAUCGGAGCCAGAGUUCGCCGUUCAACCCAGACGACGACUUUGUUUAUCCCAGGGUUCAGACGAGUCCAGUGUUGAAUGGUUUUCUGGGCGAAGGGCUCACUGAUGCCUUAAACGCUAACAUGAGGACUUUCUCCGGGGCUGCUACAGGCUAAAGGCAGCUAAAAUAUGUUCAGUGUUGAAAAUAAUGUAAGAAAAAGACAGUGAGAUAAAGAACCCUGUGGUAAGCAAAUGAAUAUAGUUGUUUAGAGAUCUAUAUAUGUAAAUGUGAUUAUGUAUCAUGACAGGACUUGCAGUGCAAAGUCUAAAUGUAUCGUGUUUAUGAAAAGAAUAGUAUGAUAUAUAUGCCAGAAUAAAUUGUUUUUAAAAACG